CUCUUGACUCCGCCCUGAUGGCCCGGUGACAGCGUCGGGAAAAUGGCGGCGAGCUGCGGAGUGAACUGAGGAUGUCAACAGCGCGCUUCUGCUCUCCGAACAACUGACGCGUUUUCUCUUUGCAGGUCGCCGAAACCGCCUGCGGCCUAAGCCAUGGCCCAGUCACCGGUGCAGGGCAGUUUACCUGGGAUUCAGAGUUUAAAAGCCGACCCCGAGCAGCUGUUCACCAAGCUGGAGCGCAUCGGUAAGGGCUCGUUCGGCGAGGUCUUCAAAGGCAUCGACAAUCGCACGCAGAAGGUCGUUGCCAUUAAGAUCAUCGACUUGGAGGAGGCCGAGGAUGACAUCGAGGACAUCCAGCAGGAGAUCACCGUCCUGAGCCAGUGUGACAGCCCCUUCAUCACCAGGUACUACGGCUCCUACCUCAAAGGCUCCAAGCUGUGGAUCAUUAUGGAGUAUCUGGGCGGAGGAUCAGCGCUGGAUUUGUUGGAGCCUGGUGUUCUGGAUGAGGUGCAGAUCGCCACUAUCCUGCGGGAGAUCCUGAAGGGCCUGGAGUAUCUGCACUCUGAGAAGAAAAUCCACAGAGAUAUUAAAGCGGCCAAUGUGUUGCUGUCUGAACAGGGUGAGGUGAAACUGGCGGACUUUGGCGUAGCAGGUCAGCUAACAGACACGCAGAUCAAACGCAACACAUUCGUCGGGACGCCUUUCUGGAUGGCGCCGGAGGUCAUUAAACAAUCUGCUUAUGACUCAAAGGCUGAUAUCUGGUCUCUGGGGAUCACAGCGAUCGAGUUGGCGAAAGGCGAGCCGCCUCACUCGGACCUGCACCCCAUGAAGGUCCUCUUCCUUAUCCCAAAGAACAACCCGCCCACACUGGAGGGCAACUACAGCAAACCUCUCAAGGAGUUUGUGGAGGCGUGUUUGAACAAGGAGCCCAGUUUUAGACCUACAGCCAAAGAGCUCCUGAAGCACAAACUGAUCGUGCGUCACGCCAAGAAAACGUCCUACCUGACCGAGCUGAUCGACCGAUACAAGCAGUGGAAGACGGAGCAGAGCAGACGAGACUCCGGCGACUCAGACGACUCUGACUCAGAAGCGGAUGGACAGGCGUCCGGCGGAAACGACUUCGGCAGCGACGAGUGGAUCUUCACGAUUCGGGAAAAAGACCCCAAAAAGCUACAAAAUGGAGCCAAUGUGGACGAGCAGGAUGCGUCUCAGAGGCCGCCGUCGCAGAUCUUUACCUCAGUCAUCACACCGGUAUUGACAGAGCUGAAACAGCGAGGUGGUAACCCCACGAUGAAGCCCGACGUGUUAGACGAGCUGGGAGAAGCCAUGCUACUCGCUGAAGAGACGUAUCCCGGGAUCUCUGACGCCAUGGUGACGCAGCUCAUACAAAGACUACAGCGGUUCUCCAGAGCCAGAACGUCUUCAUCUCCUCAGUGAUUGGUCGGUUGGGUAUAUCGGUCUCACCGAAGCCCCGCCCCCCCAUCAAGCACCAGGUCAGGGUAUCCAGACAGCAGCGUCCUCAGAGCUUCAAAUUCUGCAAGCUUCCUGUUUGUUCUGACAAACUUACGGACGUUGAUGGAAGUGUGUGUAGCUUGGGCUCACACACACGCACACACACACACACACACACACACACACACACACACACACACACACAUACACACACAUGCAUACACUUGCACUCAGCUGCAUAGCAAGUUCUGGAAGCUUCUGCAUUAUGACAUCAGAACCUUUAACGCAACCAUAGCAUGGCUCUGAUCAUACAGUCAGAGGUGUCACAAGGUGUGUGUGUGUGUGUGUGUGUGUGUGUGUGUGUGUCCAGGCCCUUUCCUUGUGUAAGAAGAUAUCAGAUCUGCAUCAGCUGGACUACAAAGAGUUUGUAUAUUGUGUGUAGUUUAACACACACAAGGAUUAUGGAUUCCCCCCCCCCAAACAGAUCACUGUGUACAGAAGGCCACGCCCCCUGCUGUAGAUAUCGUUAGCAUUCGAUGACCUCCCGAGCGGCCGUUUCUGAGAUCACUUUGCCUUUUAUAUGGAAUGUACGUUUCAUUUUGCGGGUUUUCUUUUAAUAUAAAACAAAAAAACUUUUAUGAUGAAGUCAUAAAGAAUCAUUUUUACCCAA